ACUCAGCCCUGGCAGCGACGAGGGCGGAGCUGGCCUGCCUUCACACAGAAAUGUUUCAUUUGAAAAACAAGCAGCCACGCCAACGACUUGCUCAACCUACACGGCUUUGGCUUCAACCGCGACGACACAGCGCCUAGUCAGCCGAUUGGAAAAGGAGCAGAAUGCCGGUGAAAGGCGAAGGAAGACUGGUCUCCUACCCGAGCAGGAACGAAAAUGUCGGAAACUCGGGGAUGGAAGAGAUGGUCUGGGAGCAGUACACAGUCACACUGCAACGGGACUCUAAGAUGGGUUUUGGCAUUGCUGUCUCAGGUGGUCGUGACAACCCUAACGUGGAAAGUGGUGAGACAUCAAUCAUUGUGUCAGACGUGCUGCAGGGAGGACCAGGAGAUGGAUUACUUUUUGAGAACGAUCGUGUCAUUCAAGUCAACUCCAUCCCCAUGGACAACGUGCCUCAUUCUUUUGCUGUGCAGUCCCUCCGUAAAUGUGGGAAAGUAGCCAAAAUAACAGUGAAGAGACCUCGUAAGGUGGCAGUCCAAUCCCUGAAGCAACCUCCAUCCCCAGGCGGGGACAGUCAUGACUACACCCCCUCUACCCACUACUUUGAUGCUGACAAUGACAGUAGCUGGUACCGUAAUGACAUCCGGGACCACACGUCUGAUAGCAAAGGGCACCUGGACCCUGAGUACAGGGGAGGACGGGACUACCAUCAGAGAGGGAGGAGCCGUGGUAAGAGCCAGGAAAGAACCUCACCCAGCCCUGACAGAUCCAGGAGGGAGGUGCGAGCACUGGACACCACCACUGGCCAUCAGAGGUAUCACAGCCGAGGACGCAGCCCUGGGGACAGCUACCACAUGGAUGACAAGUAUGAACGAGGAGAAGGAGGAGGAGGAGGAGGAAAAAUUGGGAGGUUUAGGAGCAAGGGCCAACUUAAUGACAACCCAUCUCCAGAACCAAGCAGAGAUCUGGAGCCACUGGAGAAACCUGUCAAUGUUCUGCUGGUGAAGAACAGGCCCAAUGAAGAGUAUGGUCUACGUCUGGGCAGUCAGAUUUUCAUCAAACAGAUGACCAGUACAGGCCUGGCUGCAAAGGAUGGAAACCUGCAGGAGGGGGACAUCAUUCUCAAGAUCAAUGGGACAGUCACAGAGAACCUCUCUCUACAUGAUGCUGGGAAGCUGAUAGAGAAGUCAAGAGGGAAACUGCAGCUAGUGGUCCAGAGAGAUCGUCGCCAGAUCCUUGUUCGCAUUCCCCCGCUCACAGACUCUGACUCUGACAAUGAUGACAUAUCAGAGAUGGAGUCAUCAUACCACUCCUAUUCUCCAGAAGAGAGGAGGUCCCACCAGUCUGACCUGUCCUCCCACUCUUCUAAUGAAAGGGACAGCCACAGGGAAGAACAAAAGAGAACAGCUGAGAUGUCAGCGAUGGCCUCUCCAUUUAGAGUGCCUGAAGAUCCCCUGGCAUCAGUGGAACUGAACUCAGAUGAACAGCACAUGGAGGAGCUUCCAGCUGCUGUAACGACAACACCCAAGAUUCUCUUACAACCUAGUCAGGAAGACGAAAAAAUAUAUGGGCCAAACACAGUGAUGGUAAAUUUCCAGAAGGGAGACAGUGUUGGACUGAGGCUUGCAGGAGGCAAUGACGUCGGCAUCUUCAUUGCUGGUGUUCAAGUUGGGAGUCCUGCUGAGGAAGAGGGCCUCCGCGUUGGAGACCAGAUCCUAAAGGUGAACAACGUUGAUUUUCAAGGUGUAGUGAGAGAGGAAGCAGUCCUCUUCCUACUGGAGAUUCCAAAGGGGGAUGUGGUCACAAUCCUGGCACAGAGCAAACCUGAUGUCUAUAACGAUAUCUUGGCAUCUGGGCGUGGAGACUCCUUCUUCAUCCGCACCCAUUUUGAGUCUGAGAAGGAAACAUCUCAGAGCCUGGCCUUCAGUCGUGGGGACAUCUUCAAGGUGGUGGAUACCCUGUAUGAUGGCAAACUGGGUAACUGGCUGGCCGUCCGUGUUGGCAAGGACAAGGCGCUGUUGGAAAAGGGUAUCAUCCCUAACAAGAGCAGAGCGGAGCAGAUGGCCAGUGUCCAGAGCUUUCAUAAAGUUGUGAGUGAUCGAGCUGACUUCUGGCGGUUGCGAGGCCAGCGUUCUGUGAAGAGGAAGGACCUAAGGAAGAGCAGAGAAAACCUGAGUGGUCAAAGCCUGACCACCCACUUCCCAGCAUAUGAACAAGUGGUGCUCCGGGAAGCUGGUUUCCGACGCCCUGUGGUGCUGUUUGGCCCUAUAGCUGAUGCUGCUACCGAGAAACUGGCAUCUGAGAUGCCCGAUCUGUUUGUAAUUGCCAAAACUGAGCCGAAAGAUGCUGGCUCUGAGAAGUCCUCUGGCGUAGUUCGUUUGAACACCAUAAGACAAAUAAUUGAGCAGGACAAGCAUGCCCUUUUGGAUGUGACACCCAAGGCAGUGGACACGCUGAAUUACACCCAGUGGUAUCCUAUUGUCAUCUUCUUCAAUCCUGACAGCAAACAUGGCAUUAAGGCCAUGAGACAGAGGAUCCUACCCAACUCCAACCGCAGUGCCCGCAAACUCUACGAACAGGCUGUCAAACUAAGGAAGACCUGUUCUCACUUAUUCACUGCCACCAUUGAUCUGAACUCUACCAAUGAUGCCUGGUAUGGCAGUGUUAAAGACUCCAUCCGAGAACAGCAGAUGCAGGCUGUCUGGGUUUCUGAUGGCAAGCUGGAGGGAGUAGAGAGUGAUCUGGACUGCCAGGACAUGGAGCGUUUGUCCUUCUUAUCCGCCAUGUCUGCUGACUACCUCAGCUUGGACAGCCGGCUGACCUCCGACCAAGAUGACACUGUUGAUGAGGGUGGGGCCUACACCGACAAUGACCUCGAUGUGGAGACGAUGCACAUCUCCGCCAUUAGCCGCUCGUCUGAACCUGUCACAGCAGAGGAGAUCCUGCGUAGGUACAGUCCAGACAUCAGGAGUCGCACAACGAAAAUCAGCAGCCUAGAAGUCCUCAACAGGUCCAGCCCUCCACCUGUUUUCUUGACAGACAGCAAAGUGAAACUGUCACUGAAGGAUGAUCCAGUUCUCAUACUGGGCUCCAGCAACACACAUCAUCACCACCAUCAGCAGCACACCAACCGAAGUUAUGACUCUCCAUCCAGCAGCAGCCCCACCAGCAGCAAUAAUGACCCUCCACCACCUGUCUUUCAUUCAGCUGCCUCCUCUGGCCUGGCUCCCCGACCUUCACCUCACCACCUAAACUCUUUUGGCAAACUGCAGCCCCUGGGAGCACCCCAGCUUCCUGUUCCAUCCAAGCCUAGCAGCUACAGGAACACUAAAGAAACUGUAGUUCACUCACCUGUGACUCUGUCCAGUGCAAUUUUGACCACCGAUAAGCACCAGGAGGAGGCAGCCGAGGACAGCUCUAUGGAGGAUCCAUCCAUGAGGUCUCUCCGGGGGAAGAUCAAAGCGUUUGAGAAGAUGGAUCACUUUGCCCGAGCCCAAAGGGUGCUGGAACUGCAAGAGGCGCAGAAUGCCAGGUUGGAAAUUGCUCAGAAGCACCCAGACAUUUACGCUGUUCCUCUGAAGACAACAAAGCCGGAUCACAGUCGUCCAAAGGUCAGCUCCAGCUCCUGUCCUGAACCUCAGACUCCUCUACCCUCUAAGGAGGGACAUCCCCUCUACCUCAGCAAAGAGGAAGCAGAGGAGGAGUCGGUGCCAGGAUACCACACCUCCAAUUCCCACCAGUACCAGGACACUGAAUUGUAGGGUCAUGACACAGCAGCUGCGCCAGCCCUCAGCAUUCAUGGUACACAUGCAGUGCAGUUGCAGUGUACCUCCAUAUUUACCAUUCCAUCUUGCCCUGCACUGGACAAAUCACCUGCUGACUUUAAAAUGAUUUUUGCCUCUUUGAUAUUUGUAAAAAAAAAAAAAAAGAACUUUCCUGGACAGUCUGUAUAAUCCAUUUGGAUAAAAACGUGCUGUCUACUCUUUACUACUAUGCUAUAUUUAAUUGUUUCUUUCUAACAUAUCACAUUAAUGGUCAAAACUGAGUGAUCAGGAACAAGUUGUUUUCUUACCUAUGCAACUCUUUCAGUUUGUGCACAGAAACUGAAACCUGUUACCAUGGGUUUUGCCCUCACAAAAACCUCAACAAACCCCCCAAACCACAACGCGUUAUAGCUCAUCUAUCACUUUCCUUUUUAGGCUUCUAUUAUUGCCGGCUAUAUUCAACAAGUAUUGUAUGUAUUGUAUGUAUUAUGUAUAUCUAUAUAUUGUACACUGACAGUCAUUAAAAACUUUGAGACCAUAUUUUUCAACAUAAUUUUUAUCUUGAAGCCCGAAACUGGAUUUUCUUCAUAUGAAUCAUUUGUUUAGCAUAUUGGCAUACAGAAACAAAAAUCUAAAGUUUCAAGAAUGAUUUCAAAAUAAAGAAUUUCACAAAAGAAAACGGCACCUGCCAAACACAAAGUCACAACAGUCAAUAACGAGUAUGGCCUCCAUUUGCUUCGAUGCAGGCAGCAAUCCGUCGGUGCAUGCUUUGGACCAGGCUUCUGAUUGUGGGUUGGGAACAGCCCAUGCGCCUGGCUACAUCACUGUAGCUCAAACCGGCCUCCACCAUACCCAGUGCCCAGAGACGUUGUUCAUGUGAUAGAUGCAGCAUGAUGCUGUUCACUGGACUAACAAUGGUGGCCUUUUUUGGGCCUUUAUAUAGGCCUUCAAAACCCAUUCUCAAAUUGUGCAGAUACUCACUGAGUAUUGCUUGGUGUGUAUUUGGUUCACUUUUGCAAAGUGACCAACCCAUGUGCAAUGAAUCAUGACAAAAUGACAACUCAUCAUUAUCUCAACUACCAGGGCACUAGAUCAUCAGUAAAUCCACAAUGGAUAAUUACAACCCCCCUACAAGUAGAAUUCUGCGUACAUUUCUACCUCAAAGUUUCUAUUGACUGUCAGUAUAUAUAUCACAUGGUGUAUAUACAUAUAUAUAUAUAUAUAUAUAUAUAUAUAUAUAUAUAUAUAUAUAUAUGCACACACACACACACACACAGGUGACAAGUUAAAAGAAAAACAACAUAAAGUGUCUCAUUUGGGUGUUAGGACAGCAUUUGCCACCAGACUAGCUUCAGUGUGCCUUGGCAUUGAUUUUCCAAGUCUCUGGAAUUCUCUUGGACUGAUGGAACAUGGUUAUUUCAAAAGAUAUUCCCUCUUUUGAUGUCUUGAUGAUCAUGGUGAAGACACUAACCCACUGGUUCAAACUCUCCCAUAAAUGUUGAACUGAGUUUAGAUCUGGUGACUGUGAAUGCCAUAAUAUGUUAUUCAUAUCAUUUCCAUUUUCAUCCAUUCAACCAUUCAGUGACCCCUCAUGGCCUAUAGAUGGGGACAUCGUCAUCUAGAAAGAGACCAAUCCCAUCAGAGGAUCACUCGGAACAGCUUUGUAUUGAUUUAAGGUGACCCUGCUCUCUGACAGAACUAGUGCUGCCACAGCAGAACAGAGCCACUGCAUCCUUUCACUGUUGGGGUCAAGGGACAAGGUUUUUCUUUUCCUUUAAUUUGUCACCCGUCUGUUUUUUGAAGUGCCUUUUACUUUCUUACUUUCAUGAGGUUUGGGUUGUCUUUCUGCCGCCACUCAGUCUGACUAAAACCUCUGCUGCUGUCAAGCUUAAAGGGAAACCAGGGAACCACUAACCCCAAAACCUUAAUGCUGUUUUCCACACAUUUUCUGUGUGCCAUCACCUCCAGUGACAAAGCACACUCACAAUAAUACAGAACAUACCCUGCAACCCCUCAUCAGCCUCUGGAAUUCCACGGAAAACAAAAUCAGUCUAACACCAGUUUGAAACUUGAAGUUGAAAUGAGUUGGUUAAAUUUAGGCCCAGUCAUUCCAGCAUUAAAACAGUUAAUUUUCUUUGGAAAACCAAGUUGUUUCAAUGUUGCUGCUUGUCCAUUGUUUCAGUUGACCAGUUUUUAGGAGCAAAGUGAUCUGUGUCACUUUUUGAUGUGGUGAGGUGAACUGUGAUGGAUGCCGUUAAGCAUUAGUGAGUCAGAGAGUCCUACGCAAAGGAGGCCAUCAGAGCUUAUUAAUGGACUAGCAUUUUAAACCUCCUCAGUCACAGAAUAAACUGUUCUGCAAAUAUGGCACAGAGUUUAGAUAUUUGCAAAUCAACACUACCAGUGUGUCUCCUGAAUAAACUGUAUGAAUCAGUUGUAUAACUGCUUCAGUACCUUUCUAAGCUGAUCUGGUUAUCUUGAAGAGAUAUUACUGGCUGACUAGUGCCAGCAUGUUUCCAGCUAGUCAACAUGUUAGCAGUUUCUGAACUGAUGGAGAUUUUGUUGUAAUACCACAGUUCAGCUGGUAACAGCAAGACUGACUCACCCCAUCACAUUCAGCUCCUGUCAUGCAUCCAUAAGGAAGCUUCCACCUACACCUUUUUACUAUGACAAGCCAUGAAUUUAGCUGUACCAUUUUCUGGUGUGGCUGGGCCUUAAAUGAUUUUUCUAAUUUUUUGCCAAUGUUGGUGCUCAGUGUUUAUUUCUGCUUCUCCCAGCCACGAAGGAUUUAACAGUCCGAAUGUAUGGCCAGCAGAGUGAGGACUCACGCCUGGAAAUAUUUUGUCGAAGUUUUUGCCGGUUGCGCUCUCUGAUGUCUAUCCAGCCAUGGUGUUUAUCACUGCCUAGACAACUGGUUCUAUGUACAAGAUUUUGAACGUUAAUAUAGCAUUGAGAAAACAUCUAUUUGCUGCGUUAAGAUACAGUAAAGUAAUGGAAGUCACACUCCAUCAGUGUGUGUUGUAAUGUUGUAAUCAUAGACAGAGGUUUUCAGGAUGUAUACCCACCCUCCUUCUCUUCCACACACAGAAUCACAAACACACUCCCACCCAGAAACUGUUGGCCUUCUAUGCAUUUACAAACAGAAUGCCGACAGAAGACAAGAGCAAUCUCCCACACCUCAUUGUAAAGUAAGAUUGCAGUCCAUAGCAUUUCAGCCAGUGCCUCAAAAAACCAAAGACAAAACAAGGUAUUUUGUUGUUAUGUUAUUUUUUAUUUUUUUCCUUUUUUGUCAGUUGUUUCAUUUCAGCUCUUUGUAAGAGUUUGUGGUGCUUAUUUCCCUGCUAUCUCCUCAUCUCUGCUCAGUUUGUUCCUCUCUAAUGUGUGUGUCUAUGUUUUACUUGCUGUUUCUACUCUGCUGUGCGCAACGAACAGUCAAACAGACAGAGAUGGGCUGGACGGGAGCAGAUACAUGCAGCGCAGCAUAGAAGGGACAGGUCAAGUGACAACUCAUUACAACUGCUUAGUAUAUUUUACAAUGCCAGUGUGGGCUAAUGAUUGUGGGUGGAUUUUUCUGCUGUUGUAGAAAAUUUUUAAAGGAGGAGGAAGGCGCAGCCUACAUCCCUGUUUGUUUUGGUUUGAGAGUGUUCUAGUGACAGCCAGUGGUUCUGAAUGUUGCAGCCCGAUCUCACGAGGAUUCGUGAAACUGUCACGUAAGUUUUAGUUUCGGUUUCGUGCGCACCAACACGAUUUCGUCAUGUUUUUCGUGCCGCUCACCACGAAAUGCGCACCAAUGUAUUUUAAACGGCGGACUUUUCGUGCCACUCAGAACGUAUUUCAAAAGAAUGUGUAUAUUAUAUUUUUAAUGUAAAACCGUGGCGAAUCCAACGCUAUAUUUUGCAUGACAUCGUCCCUAAACAUAACCCUAACCAUAACCCUAACCAUAACCUAACCAUAAGCCGGUGGUACACUUACCAAUUUGCAUAGGAAUUUCAAGAAUGUCCGGCGGCCGGCGGCCACAAACGCGAUCACACAAGCAGUAUACGCCGAUGGACAGCUUAGAUCGUCAUGAAUCCGCCGGUAUAAACCACUUUCAGAUGUGAUUACCACAGCGAAAAACAUUUCGUGGUGAGCGGCACGAAAAACAUGACGAAAUCGUGUUGGUGCGCACGAAACCGAAACUAAAACUUACGUGACAGUUUCACGAAUCCCCGUGAGACCGGGUUGGAAUGUUGGAUACAACAGAGAGCCAGUCAUAGGACUUUGGUGACCCUAAACAAGAUUUUGUUUGUAGCACCACAACGCAACCAACCAACAAACCGCCAAAUCACAUACACUGCUCAUAAGGAAAUGAGAAGACACACACAUGCAGUAGAGAUGGACAAAUAAAACAACAGCAACAAAUCCCUUACAGUAUUUGAUAGACAAUGUAUAUUUAAAAUAUGUGUAUUUAAAUGUAUAUUCAAAUCUGAUUAGUAAAGAAACUAUUUGCAGUUGUAAAAUAAUCUGAAUAAUAAACAAUAUUUCAACAUAUUAACCAACACACUUGCACAACACAAGGUCUAGUAAAGACAAACACAGCUAAAAAAUUAACACCAAUGGUGCUCUAAUACCACAGUUAUGACCUGUGGCUACAGUCACAUUGGAGGACAGAACAGAUGUCUAUGAAGUUUCAGACCACGUUUCCUCAGCAGCAGUCAUGCCAGCUGAUGAGGCUGACGGCCCUGAUAACCACAGAUUCCUCCAAAAUAAGUCAAUAACACCAGUGAAAGGAUUAGACAUUAGGUCAAAAUGUUACAUCAAAACACAAAUCUGAUGCUCCAAGAGAACAACAAUAGCUUGUUCACAGGCAACGCUAGCCUUUAUAAAUAAUAAGUGAUGCCCAUGUUGGUGACAUUAACUAGUAAGAAAACUGCAAAAGAUCAGGCUUCAUCCAUUGAAAAGCAUUACAGUUAAAACAGUCGUUGGGGCUUUCUUCAAAAUGUUAUUUGAUGCUUGCAAUCCUACUCAGCAAGCAGUUAAAAAAGAAGCAUGUCCUCGAACGAAUGUAUCUUACUGCAAGUAUUAUUUGUUUAUCCAAGCCUGAUCCAGUGACCAGAAAAUGUAUGUGAGCGGUUGCCAUAGAUGAACUUACUGUGCACAAGCUAAUGAUGCAGAAAUUAUCAUAAUCUUUAAAUCUUUGAUUCAAAAAUUUAAUACACUCAUUAAACAUUCACAGUGUAGGUAUUAAAAAAAAGUAAAUUGCUUUGGAAGCAAAAUCUUGAACAAGUAUUGCUGGAGCUGCAGAUCAGACUUACACAUUUAGAGUGAAUUAUGUUCUUCCUUACAGAACUGACUCAGCUCCACCAUGUGAAUGGCUCUUUUCCUUGUAUCUCCAUAGGCUUAAGGUCUGGACUCUGACUGAGCCACUAUAGAAGUUAUAUUUUCUUUUCUUUUUUUUUUAAAAGUCAUACUGUUUGUUUGAGUUACAUUUUGGUGAUUCAUAAACUGAUUCUUUUAUGAAUAUUUGUGUGGCUGACAUUAAGUACUGAACAGAACACCACAGUAAUUCUGUUACUUCAAAGUUGAUCAGUAGAGUAUUAGCACUUACAUAACAUAUACACCAACAAUUUUGAUUUACUUUAUUAAAAAUAUAGGCCUCACAGUAGAACUCAAUGCAACAAAUUGCAGUACACCUUUCAUUACUGAGAUUCAAAUCUUUUACUUUAACAAUACUUCAUGUGCCCAUCUUUAUUUUCAAUGACAGACUCAAUCCUCCUCACCAUGGAGGAUAUCAGUGUCCGCAAAUUUCUGCAGAGAUUUUUUUGCUGAAGGGGUUGUGUUGCUCUGCCUUUCUUUUUAAAAAUGCCCCAUAAACGUUAAGCUAGAUUCAAGACACAUUUGAUCAGGUCAUAGUUGUACUUUUGUUUCAUUGUGUAGAAAGUCUUGAAUGGUUUUAGCCGUGUGCUUCAGAUAAUUUCAUGCUGCAAUAUUUUUCCUCUGCCAAACUAUUGCAGACUAGGAGCCAGCAUGUCAGCCAGUAUUUUGGUCUGACACCAGGCAUUCAUGGCGCAUCUAUAAAUAUGACCUGUCCAACACCUUUUGCACUAAUGCAGCCCCGUAUUAUUGCAGUGCCACCUUUAUGCUUCACUGUGGUAGUUCUGACCAGGUUCAUGGUAAACAUGUAGGACCCUAUCUGAGGGAAAUUAAUUUGUCCUGAUCUUAUAAUGGAUUAGAUUUAUAUAGCGCUUUUCUGGGCACUCAAAGCACUUCACAAUGGAUCCAUUAUUCAUUCACUCACACAUUCUCACUCUGGUGGUGGUAAGCUACAUUUGUAGCCACAGCUGCACUGGGGCAGACUGACGGAAGCGUGGCUGCCAAUCAGCGCCUACGGCCCCUCCGACCACCACCAACAUUCCAGCCCGAUCUCACGGGGAUUCGUGAAACUUCACACGCAUUCAUACACCAGUGUGAGAGCAGCACUGGAGGCAAGGCGGGUAAAGUGUCUUGCCCAAGGACACAACAGCACAUGACUAGAUCAGAGCGGGAAUUGAACCGCUGACUCUUCGAUCAUUGGACGACCCGCUCUACCACCUAAGUCAAAGCCGCCAAAGAAUGUCCCCAUAUUCUUGAUGCCUCUUCUUGUGUUCUUUAUCAAAGUGUCAUAUUUUGCAACUCUGAGUUCCCACAAAAUAUUUGUUACAAGAUAUUUUGUGGGAGGCUUUAGCUCUUGUUGCAAAUUGGUUGCAAAAAUUAUUUUACUAUUUCAUUAGAAAUUUGAAAUAAUUCCAAAGUAUACCUAGAAAACAAAUAAAUAAGGCUUUAUAGAUAGCAUCAGAAGAGCUAAGGCAGUCUUCUAAUAAUACUAAAUUAAAACAAUUUAAUAAUCAAUGUAUGCAAAUGCAAAAGCACCUAAACAAAUAAUUGUUUAGGUGCACGUAAGACACCUAAACAAUAACGUGCAUGGCCUCCUCUUGCUUGCAAGGUGACAGCCAAUCUGCAAGGCAGAUUGCGCUAUGGAGUCUGGCCCAUUCUUCCUGUAAAAACUGACCACAUUCACUAAGAUUAGCUGACUGUGGGUUUCUGGCAGCAACUGCACGCCCAACAGCAUCCCACAAAUGCUCAAUGGGAUCCGUGCCAGGCAGCAUGCCAGUUGGUGCAAAACACAGAUUCCCUACUGGUCAGGAAAAUCCUGCACAGUUUGUUUUCUGUGUUCUAGGGCAUUAUAAUCGUGGUACCUCAAGUCCUCUGUGAAUGUCUGCCAGGCCCAUGACAACAGGUGAUGUCUCAGUGUAUUACGAUACGCAAUGACACUGGCAGCAAAAAUGGUCAGGUCUCAUUUGCCAUAGGAGUGAAAGGCUCCAUACAUAGAUCUGUCUACAUUGGAAAGAAUUGAUUGCACACAAUCCUCAUUAAAUCUUUCAUCUUGCAUUUGAUGCAUCCUGGCUUGGCCAUUAGUUCUAUAUAACAGAAAAUGUGACUCAUCUCCAACAGGACGUGUUGCUAGUGAUCCACAGUCAGGGCUUGGUACUGCCUGACCCACUGGAGGAGGUCCUGCUUGUGUCAAGCUGUCAGAAGUGGCUUCCUGAUCAGCCUUCUGGCAUUCAGACCCUUUCAACCAAUCUCCUGUUGACUGUUUCAUGACUACUUGAAGAUUUGCAUCCUGCCUCAGAGAGGCAGCAGCAUGUUUAUCUACCUCUAGAGCCCCAAAAACAUUCAAUUGGAAACAGAAAUACCAGUCAAAUAAUUCCUCAACUUACCUUCUGUGUUACGUUGACUAAAAUAGUACUUUACAACAAAUCCUCCAAUUUACAUGCUGUUACCAACAUUUUGACCAACAGUGUAUGUCAACUGGAAUACGCUUCGGUCCCAGACUUUUAUUAGACAAAAACUGAGAAAGCUGUGGUGUUCACAAUAACCUUGUUUGCGCAGCUAGCUUUAUUCAAAACACACGUUUCGUUAUUUUUGUUGCACUGAGGUUUUACUUUGUGGCCCAGAUUUUCAGUGAAUACAAACUUGUAUUACACAGAAUCUAAAUUCAUCUAACAUACAUUCAAAUACACCUCAACUUUAAAAUGAAUGUCAAAGUGCUCUUUGACAAAAUUCAGUCAUGUGAUUUUUGUUUUAGUUUUUUUUGACAACCUGUCUAUCUGAUGACUAAGCAACAUCGAAAUACUCUGAACUUUGAGAUUGUUAUGUAUCCCUAUAUUUAUGCAAAUCUAAAACAGAAUCUAAAUUCAUCUAACAUACAUUCAAAUACGCCUCAACUUUAAAAUGAAUGUCAAAGUGCUCUUUGACAAAAUUCAGUCAUGUGAUUUUUGUUUUAGUUUUUUGACAACCUGUCUAUCUGAUGACUAACCAACAUCUAAAUAUUCUGAACUUUGAGAUUUUUAUGUAUCCCUAUGUUUAUGCAAAUCUAAAACUCUUCUUGUGAGGCAUAGUUCACAGAAGGAGGCUCUUUUUGUGAAGAACAAAUUCAGUAGUGUUUAUUAUGUCAGAAUAGCUCUAACCCACACCUCCAUCCUGUGUUUUUUUUUACUGCAGUCAUGUCCAAAUUAAAUAAAUGUAUGCAAGACUUAUUAAAUGCAUUUAUGCAAUAAAUGCAUUGGAGACCAGCUAAAGUAAAAUCCUCAGUAAGUUGAUUUGAUCCAUCUGUACUAUCAGACGUCCACAGAGUGGCGCAAAACAGAUCCAUUUUUGUGACAUUCUGACAAAUUAUUAACAUAUAAAGAUUUUAUUAUGAUGAAUUGGCAUACUGGAAAUAGAGUUAGAGUCAUAUCCUGAAGGGUAAGAGAUCAGGUUCCCGAAACAACUGAUACAUGCACAUCAGUGAUGAUCUCACUGUGGAUAACCUGUGCAGACAACUCAAAUUUUAACACCUCAUUUACUGACCUCUAGACAUGGAAUCCCAGCCUUGCGUGGUAGAAUGUGCUCUGCCUGGGUCUUGUCUGGUGUGGGCCCCACCAUAAGUGUGAAUAAAUUUUACCUCCAAACAUCAGUAGUUUGUGUGAGAGAAGAGGAUGCAGAAGACAGGGUUAGAUGGAGGCAAUUGAUUCGCUGUGGCAACCCCUGAAGGGAAAAGCCGAAAGGAAAAGAAGAAGAUCAGUCGCAAAGUGCUUACUGUUCUAAUUCAAGUGCAAAGUGAUGUCUUUCAUAUGGAUUGGCAUUGAAGUGAUGGAGUAUCAUUUUUCCAUGUUUCCACUUGAAAACACCAAAUAAAACCAAGUCUUAAUUGCC